GAUGGACGCCGCGCUUUCCCUCCCAGCCACACUUGGAAAUAUCGUGAGAUUUCCUCUCCGCCGCGUCUUUUCCCUUUCUCGGAGAUCUCGCGGGAUCCUACCGCCCUCUGGCGUGCGCAUGCGUGCACGGUGGGGCGCUUGGACUUCAACCGGGACCGAGCGAGGAGGGGAGAGCCGCCAUGCUUCGGGGGCUUCUGCGGGCGUCCCGCCUGGGGCGGGCAGCGGUCUCGCUCAGGUUUCAGAGUACCCUGGUGAUAGCCGAACACACAAACGAGGCUCUGACGCCGAUUACGUUGAACGCCGUCACCGCGGCCAAAAAGGUCGGCGGCGAAGUCUCUUGCUUGGUGGCUGGUGCCAACUGUGAAAAGGUAGCUCAGGACCUGAGCAAAGUUCCAGGGGUUUCCAAAGUUCUUCUCGUCCAGCAUGAGGCCUACAAAGGAUUUUUGCCUGAGGAGCUGACUCCGCUGAUCCUGGCCGCUCAGAAGCAGUUUAAUUACACGCACAUCUGUGCUGGAGCAUCUGCCUUUGGGAAGAGUCUCCUGCCUAGACUCGCAGCUAAGCUCGACGUGGCCCCGGUUUCCGAUAUAAUUGAGAUUAAGUCACCUGACACAUUCGUGAGGACUAUCUAUGCAGGAAACGCCCUGUGCACCGUAAAGUGCGAAGAGAAGGUAAAAGUGUUCUCGAUCCGAGGCACCUCCUUUGAGGCAGCACCUGUAAGCGGCGGCAGCGGCAGCUUAGAAAAAGUGUCGGCUCCUUCGCCAGUCGCCCAGUCUGAAUGGAUCAAGCAAACCUUAACAAAAAGCGAUCGUCCAGAGUUGACUAGCGCAAAAGUUGUUGUAUCGGGUGGACGAGGCUUGAAGAGCGGAGAAAAUUUUAAACUGUUGUAUGACCUUGCGGAUCAAUUGCACGCGGCAGUUGGAGCCUCUCGUGCAGCUGUUGACGCAGGUUUUGUGCCCAACGAUAUGCAGGUCGGACAGACGGGCAAGAUUGUAGCGCCCGAACUGUAUAUUGCCGUUGGGAUCUCUGGGGCUAUCCAACAUCUAGCAGGAAUGAAAGACAGCAAGACCAUAGUAGCCAUCAACAAGGAUCCGGAAGCUCCAAUAUUUCAAGUUGCAGACUACGGUUUGGUAGCUGAUUUAUUUAAGGUUGUUCCUGAGUUGACAGCAGCAUUGAAGAAUUGAAAAACCUGAGUUGCCCUGCUUAGAGAAGAAAAUAAAACACACCUAAAUUAUCUUUCACCAAACAAAAAAAUAUAUAAUGAUUUACUGUAUACCCAGUUUGCCAAAAUUUAUGCUUUGGAUGCUUUCUGAAUGCCUUAUAAUGUACUAAUUUGUUUUUGGUUUUUUGCUAUUUGACUGCAAACUUAUUUUCUGGAAUAUUUUUCUAAUUCUGUAAUAAAUUAUAAAGAUGAUA